AUGCCGCCUAGCACCAGGUCUACGAAAAGUGGGAGACGUUGCUCACGGCUAAAGUCGGACGCCCCCGUAGGUGAAUUGAAAACAAGUCAAUCCCGACGACCAGUCAAGCGCUCCGCUUCGGAUCAGUUGCUAUCUCCGCACAAAAGACGUCGAGAAGACGACGAUAACGACGGUCGCUUUGUUCACAAAGAAUGCUUCAGACACAUGAGCCGGGUUCAAGCAAAGCUGCACAGAGUCUUGGACACAUUGGACCAAGAGCGAACAGAGGGUGCCCAAUUCAUACAGCGACUUCAGAUGGAGAAGGCGGAGGAGACGGCUAAACUGAGAAAGGCACUGGCGGAUAAUGAGAAUCUCUCAGGCGAAGUCAAAAGAGCGCAAAUGGAAGCCAGUCAACUGCAGCAGCAGCUUGAAUCGUUCAAUUCCACUAUGCAAGGCCAAGUCGCAUGGAAUGAUGUCCAGCCAGCUCUGUAUCAAGCUCACAGUGAGCUGGUAGCCGCGGCCACGCAAUUCUGGAGAAACGUGGAGGCCAUUCAGAACCGACAGCUAGCUACUUACUUGCCUGGAUCUGGAGUGGUGGAUACAGCAUGGGCCGGCCAGGUUAGCGCUGAAGGUCCGAUCGUGUCUACUUCCUUGCCUGAAAUUUCUGGACUGGGUGAAUACUCUAUUCUGCCUCCGCAAGCGCCAACAUCUGUAAAUUAG